CGUCAUCAGGCGGCGCCGCUUCAGUGCUGUGAUUCAACUGGAGAAAGGAUAAAGUGUCCAAACACAGAGAAAAACUCCUGCUGAAGCGACUGAUCUCCACACUGUUAUAAAGAUGGCGUUUAUUAAAGAGGAGAGUGAAGAUGUGAAGAUUGAAGAAACAUUCACAGUCAAACAGGAAGAUCUGCAGGAACAAACAGACCUGAUGGUGCUGAAAGAAGAGACUCAUCAAUGGAACGAAGUGAAAGAGAAACAGCAGUUUAAGAAACCCCAAGAAAUAACGACUGAUGAAAAACCCACACUGUCUAAAAGGACUUCUUUACGCGUAAGACUUCAGAAAUCCAAAUCUAGGUGUAAUUUUAACUGUAAACAGUGUGGAAAGAGUUUCACUAAAAAGUCAAAGCUUGAUGUUCACAUGAGAGUUCACACUAGAGAGAAACCUUACACCUGUGAACAGUGUGGAAAGAGUUUUGGUCAAAUACAAGGCUUUAAAACCCACAUGAUAAUUCACACUGGAGAGAGGCCGUACACAUGCCAACUGUGUGGAAAAAGCUUCUGUCAUGCAGGAAACUUGGCAGCGCACAUGAGAAUUCACACUGGAGAGAGGCCGUACACAUGCCAACAGUGUGGAAAAAGCUUCAAUAAUACAGGAAACUUGGCAGUGCACAUGAGAAUUCACACUGGGGAAAAGCCUUACUCUUGCCCUCAGUGUGGAAAGAGUUUUAAACAAAAUGGCACCCUUGAAGUCCACAUGAGAACACACACUGGAGAGAGAAGUUUUACUUGCACACAGUGUGGGAAAAGUUUUUCUCAAAAACAAAACCUUGACACCCACAUGAGGAUUCACACUGGAGAGAAACCUUACAUAUGCACAGAGUGUGGUAAAAGUUUCCCAUAUAAAAGCACACUCAAACACCACAUGAGGAUCCACACUGGAGAGAAACCAUUCACAUGCACCCAGUGUGGGAAGACUUUCAGCCAAAUAUCAUCCCUUAAUCAACACAUGAGGAUCCACACUGGAGAGAAACCAUUCACAUGCACCCAGUGUGGAAAGACUUUCAGCCAAAUAUCAGCCCUUAGCAAACACAAAAAAAUCCACACUGGAGAGAAACCAUUCACAUGCACUCAGUGUGGGAAGAGUUUCAGCCAAUCAUCAUCUCUUAAUAGUCACAUAAGGAUCCACACUGGAGAGAAACCAUUCACAUGCACUCAAUGUGGGAAGAGUUUCAGCACAUCUUCAUCCCUUAAUAGUCACAUGAGGAUCCACACUGGAGAGAAACCAUUCACUUGCACUCAGUGUGGGAAGAGUUUCAGCAAAUCAUCACACCUUAAUCUACACAAGAUGAUUCACACUGGAGAGAAACCAUUCACAUGCACUCUGUGUGGGAAGAGUUUCAUCCAAUCAUCAUCCUUUAAUCUACACAUGAGGAUUCACACUGGAGAGAAACCAUUCACAUGCACCCAUUGUGGGAAGAGUUUCAUCCGCUCAUCAUCCCUUGAUCUACACAUGAUGAUCCACACUGGAGAGAAACCCUUCACAUGCACCCAGUGUGGGAAGAGUUUCAGCCAAUCAUCACACCUUAAUCAACACAUGAUGAUCCACACUGGAGAGAAACCCUUCACAUGCACUCAGUGUGGGAAGAGUUUCAGCCAAUCAUCACACCUUAAUCAACACAUGAGAAUCCACACUGGAGAGAAACCAUUCACAUGCAUCCAGUGUGGUAGGAGUUUUAACUGCUUAUCAUCCCUUAAUCAACACAUGAGAAUCCACACUGGAGAGAAAUCAUUCACAUGCACUCACUGUGGGAAGAGUUUCAACCAACCAUCAAACCUUAAUCACCACAUGAGGAUCCACACUGGAGAGAAACCAUUCACUUGCACUCAGUGUGGGAAGAGUUUCAUCCGCUCGUCAUCCCUUAAUCUACACAUGAGGAUCCACACUGGAGAGAAACCAUUCAAAUGCACUCAGUGUGGGAGAAGUUUUAGCAAAUCAUCAUAUCUUAAUAUUCACAUGAGGAACCACACUGGAGAAAAACCAUUCACAUGCACCCAGUGUGGGAAGAGUUUCAGCCAAUCAUCAUCCCUUAAUCUACACAUGAAGAUUCACACUGAAGAGAAACCAUUCACAUGCACUCAGUGUGGGAGGAGUUUCAGCCAAUCAUCAUCCCUUAAUCUACACAUGAAGAUCCACACUGGAGAGAAACCAUUCACAUGCACCCAGUGUGGGAAGAGUUUCAGCCAAUCAUCAAACUUAAAUCUACACAUGAAGAUCCACACUGGAGAGAAACCAUUCCCUUGCACUCAGUGUGGGAGGAGUUUCAGCCAAUCAUCAUCCCUUAAUUUACACAUGAUGAGCCACACUGGAGAGAAACAAUUCACUUGCACUCAGUGUGAGAGGAGUUUCAGCCAAUCAUCAAACUUUAAUAAACACAUGAGGAUCCACACUGGAGAGAAACCAUUCACAUGCACCCAGUGUGGGAAGAGUUUCAGCCAAUCAUCAAACUUUAAUCUACACAUGACGAGCCACACUGGAGAGAGACCAUUCACAUGCACUCAGUGUGGGAAGAGUUUUAAAUGCUCAUCACACCUUAAUCAACACAUGAGGAUCCACACUGGAGAGAGACCAUUCACAUGUACUCAGUGUGGAAAGAGUUUCAGCCACUCAUCACACCUUAAUCAACACAUGAGAAUCCACACCGGAGAGAAACCAUUCACUUGCACUCAGUGUGGGAAGAGUUUCAGCCAAUCAGCCAACUUUAAUCACCACAUGAGAAUCCACACCGGAGAGAAACCAUUCACUUGCACUCAGUGUGGGAAGAGUUUCAGCCAAUCAUCAUCCCUUAAUCUACACAUGAGGAUCCACACUGGAGAGAAACCAUUCACAUGCACUCAGUGUGGGAAGAGUUUUAAAUGCUCAUCACACCUUAAUCAACACAUGAGGAUCCAUAGUGGAGAGAAACCAUUCACUUGCACUUAAGCUGUGGUCACACUGGACUUUUCUCUCCAUAGACUUCCACUUAUGUGCACGCGAAUGCAUCAGACCGGAAACACAAAUUCGUGCAUCAAGUUUCACUGUUCACUGCGUUGAAAAGUACAAGCUUGGUAAACUCUGACCUGCGAAAUUGCAUCACUUGACUGUGUGAGACCAAUCGAAGUUCAAAACGACCUCGCUGGACAGCAAAUUAAAUUAUGGACCAAUCGCUCACUUUUUUAAUGUCUAAUCAUCUUGUUUAAUCCCGCCCCUUUUCGCAGCGCCGUACAACAGAAUUUUGCAUGCUCAAACUCUAGUGUGACCGCAGCUUUGGUGUGGGAUGAGCAUAUGUGGUGGAGUGUGAGAAGACUGUUAUUACAGCUCCAAAAUUGAAACUGCACCAGACGAUUCACACUGUAGAGAUGGUACAAGUGUUCACACUGUGACAAGAGGUUUAAUCAGUUAACAUAUCUGAAACACACUGGAGAGAAACCAUACAGAUCUGAUCAGCGUCUACAGAGUUUCGCUCAUUCGGCGCACCUUAAGAAACACAUGGACAAAAAGUUGCACACAUGACAUGAAUGCAGCAAAACACUUUCUCAUGUUCACAGAAUGUUUCAUGUCUGAAUAAUGUUUGAAGGGCUGAGUGACGGUAUACUGUUUUCCAACACUCCUACACUGCAGUAGGUGGGGUUGUAAAUGUGUUGCGCUCCUCGCGUUUACCGUAAACACAAUGGUGGCGGCUGAGAGAAGAACAGUUUGUUUUUGAUGAUGUUCUCUGUUUGACUCCCUGAAUGAGAAACAAAUCUCUGGGAAGACACUGCACAUCAAAGAAGGUGGAGCUCCAGGAUGGUUAGUUUGCAGUAUAACAUGGCCUCAAGUUUAGAAAGCCCAUUCAAUUGUCCUGUGUUGCAUCUUUUAUUGGUAAUGUUUCUUUACUUUAAGGUUCAAGAUUUUUUCUAGUUUACUACAUUUACUUGUUGAAGUAGAAUACAAACUUGAUAAAUAUUUUAUGAUUUAGGUAGAGUGACAGGAAUUAAGUUAUACAAUAUUAAUACAGUGUGAUGAUCCCAAGACACCAGAUUGGAGUAUGUGGUAAAUCCUGAUUGGAUGCCUGCAUUACUUAUCAAUGGGUAUAUAAAAGUUGUAGCUAGCUACUCCAGGACGCUGUGGGAACUCGGGAGUCCUCAUGUCAAGACCUGUCAUCUCAUUGACUCUUUAACCUUAUGGUUUUGUUUUGCAUUACUUAUGUCAUGUACUUAAAGUGUUGUUGUGAUUAUAUCCUAAGUUCUUUAUCUUCAUUAUUAUCUCUAGACAUUUGUUGGUAGCUUUGAUUGAUUGUUCUAUG